GCUUCUUCUUGUUUCAUCCCUUCCCCUACGUUUCUCUCUCUCUCUCUCUCUCUCUGUUGUCUUCCUCUACAACUCGGACGCUAUAAGAUCUCGGUCUCCUCUCCCCCACUGUCCCUUUCCUUCCCUCCUCAGGCCGCGACCCAAACCUGAAGACAGACAACUUCGAGUGAGAACGAGGUUGAAGAAAGAAGAAAGAACCGACAUCAUGCCUUCCACCACCUGCCGCCCCGCCGCCGCCCCUCCGCCACCGAACUCUGAGGCCAUCCCCUGCCCCCGCUGCGACUCCAUCAACACCAAGUUCUGCUACUACAACAACUACAACCUCGCCCAGCCCCGCCACUUCUGCAAGUCCUGCCGCCGCUACUGGACCCAAGGCGGCACCCUACGCAACGUCCCCGUCGGCGGCGGCUCCCGCAAGUCCUCCUCCACCUCCUCCUCCAAGCGCCUCCGCAGCAUCCCCUCCUCCACCGCCCCUCCUGCCUCGUCCCCCGCGUCGACCUCUUCCUCCAUCACCAACGAGUCCGUCCACCACCCUCCCAGCUUCAGGCCCGACUUCGCUCCGAAGCAGGCGGGGGAGGCCCCCGGGGCGUUCACCUCUCUGCUCACCUCUCCGGGAGGCCACGGUUUCCUGGCCCUGGGAGGGUUUGGGACUGGGUACGGGCCGAGCCUCGACGGGCAGGGGCUGGGCUUCGGCCGGUCAGUCUGGCCAUUCCCUGAGGUCAGCUACAUCGAGGGGGUCUACGCCGGGGCUCCGAGCUCCGUCUCGGAUGCGGCAGCGGCCGCUCCGCCCUGCAACGCAUGGCAGCUGGGGGCGGGGGAGGGAGGCGGCAAUGGUACUGGUGGGCACGGGCAGGUGGACGGGGCGGAUGGGUUCGCGUGGCCGGAGCUCGCGAUCUCAAUGCCGGGUCAGGGCCUGAAGUGAUAUAUAUCACGUUAUCAACCGCACCGAAAAAAGAAAAUAAAUUCAGCAUGGAAGUGGCAAAACAUCUCUUCUUGAUGGGCUUUUGGGGUUGUGAAAUUUGAUCAGUCUCUACAAUAUGAAUCAAAGGCAUGAAUGUUUUCGUGUCGUUUAAGGUUUAAAGAUAUCAUGGGGUUGUCUUUUUUCAAGUGUUCUUGGGUUGGGUGGUCAGUGGGGGUAUAGUAGUAUAGUCAUAGGAGCUCUAAAAUCUUAGGUGUUAUUACUGAAAUUAUUAGAGGAAGAAAUUAUUGGUUGAGUUCGGGUGGGGAGUCUUCUUUUUGGGGUUGUGGAAAGCUUCCUUCCGCGGCUUCUGUAAAGUCUCAUGGCGAAUGGAGAAAAGGACGACAGUUUACUAUGUGGUUUCCUGGCCCGAUCUUUGAUUCAGCUUUGAAUGUUCAAAUUUUCUUCUUCUUUC